AUGAGUGCCAGUGACUUGACCGAUAAGACGGAGCUUGCCGAGACCGUCGCGAAGCCUAAUGGGCCUCCUGCUGCUGUCUCAUUCUUUGACCCGGCCCUGAAAGCCGUGCGAAAUCGGGUUUUCUACCAGUGGGCUCGGACUAUACUCAUCAUGUGCGUCUUCAUCCUCUCCAUCCUGUCUCUCUUUUGGGCGUCCCAGUUCCACGUCGAACAAAACCUGCCGUCGCUGACCGUUUGGGUGGUCGAUUUUGACGGCCAGGUAGACCCCUAUCGCAACCAGGAUCAGGAUCCCAUCGUCGGCCCGGCAGUGACGGACAUCGCUACGUCGUUCAUCAAUUCCGGCACAACGACAGUCGGGUAUACAAUCAAAUCGCCGGCUGAUUUCAACUAUGACCCGUGGGCAGUGCGACAAGGAGUCUAUGACGAGCACGCCUACGCUGCCGUGAUUGUCAACGCCAACGCAACGGUCCUUCUGCGAGAUGCCGUGGCCAAGGGAAACUCCUCGUACGAUCCGACAGGGGCGGCACAAUUCGUCAUUAUCAGUGCCCGUGCUGAAAGCACUUACUCCGGCUACAUCAACCCGGCGCUAGACGCCCUGGAACGCGCCGUGCUAGCGGAAUUCGGCCCUCGCUGGGUUCAGGUCGUGGCGCAAGAGUCGCGCAAUUUCUCGAGCGUACCACAGGCCAUCAACCCGGCGAUCGGAUUCAGCACGCUUGAUCUACGACCUUUUGGGCCGGCGGUGACAACUCCCGCAGUGACAGUCGGGCUGAUUUACCUGAUCAUCAUCUCGUUCUUCAACUUCCCAUUCCUCAUGCCGGUGCACAUGCAGUUCCUAAAAGGCGACCACCCACCACUAAAGAUCGCGCAGUGGCUAGCGUGGCGAAUUAUCUCCAACAUCGUCGCGUACUUCUUCCUCUCGCUGUUUUACUCGUUCGUCUCGCUGGCAUUCCAGAUCCCAUUCUCCAACCCCCCGGCCCCGGGUACCGUCUCGGCCGCCAACCCGAACGCCUACGGAAGGGGCUCCUUCGUGGUCUUCUGGAUGCUGAACUGGGUAGGCAUGGCCGCGCUGGGCCUCCCAUGCGAAAACAUGGCCAUGGUGUUGGGGUUCCCGUGGAGUUCGUUUUUCCUGAUCUUUUGGGUUAUCACAAACGUUUCCACGGGAUUUUAUGCUCUGGAUUUGGCCCCUGGUUUCUUCCGAUGGGGAGAAGCAUGGCCUCUUCACCGUAUUGUCGAAGCCCUUCGUACAAUUCUCUUCGGGACGCAUUCCCGUAUCGGUCUUGACUUUGGCAUUCUGUUUGCAUGGAUUGCUGUGUCAAUUGCUUUUUACCCGUUUGCAGCGUUCAUCAUGCGAUGGAAGAUGAAGCAUGGGUUGUAA